CUUUUAUUCUCUCUUUCGGGGUUUGAAAGGAAGGGAAGGGGGGAAGAUGAGGAGGUGGAGCGUGAGUCGGCUCACUCUCAGGUCACGCUAAGAUCACGUGACCGGAAGUAAUGUCCAGUCCUAACCGAGGGUUACUUCCGCCUUUGUUUCUUUUUUGUUCCUAUUACUGAGACUUUUGGGGAGUUAGUGACUAACCAACCAGGUAAAUCCUUAGGAAUAGAUGAAGCUUUGUCUUGCAUGCAGAGUAGGAUGAGGAGUUCGUAUGGAAGGGAUACAGAUUCCUGAAAAUUGGGUCUUUAUUAUUGUUAUUGAGAAUUCCUGCGAGUUAAAAGUCUUCAGAAAGUUCCACGCGCUUUAGCUUAUUAAUCCUUACAACAGCCCUGUAAGCCUUCUGUCAGAGCACGGUGGGAAUUGAUCAGAGUUCCCAAAGUCAAAGCAAGGAUGGGAGUGAACUGUUUGUAUUCAGAUGAGCUAUUGGCAAAGCCACGGAUGACACGCCUGCACGCAGGAGCCAGCAAUUUCACCCUUCUGCCUGAGGAUGAGCAAGCCGUGGGGCUUGCAGAACAGUGACCUGGAACAGAGCCUUCCCGCCAUUGCAUCCUCACUUUCAUACAGCCAGGGCUUCUCCCCACAUUACUACUUCUCUCCAGAGAGAAGGCGAGCCAUUUCUGAUGUCCGGCGGACCUUCUGUCUCUUUGUGACCUUUGACCUUCUUUUCAUCUCGCUCCUGUGGAUAAUUGAGCUGAAUGCCUCCAAAAGUAUCCAGGACAGCCUGAAGUAUGAAAUUAUUGAGUACAACUUUAAAACAUCCUUUUUUGACAUAUUUCUCUUGGCUUUCUUCCGCUUCUCGGUGCUGCUCCUGGGAUAUGCUGUUCUAAGGCUCCGCCACUGGUGGGUUAUAGCGAUCACUACGUUAGUUUCCAGUGCCUUCCUGAUUGUGAAAGUUAUCCUCUCAGAUCUGCUGAACAAAGGGGCUUUUGGCUAUCUGCUACCCAUAAUUUCCUUUGUCCUUGCCUGGCUAGAAACAUGGUUUCUGGAUUUUAAAGUCUUGCCCCAAGAGACCGAGGAGGAGCAAUGGUACUUAGCGGCUCAAGCUGCUGUGGCCCGUGGACCCCUCCUUUAUUCAGGAGCACUCUCAGAUGGCCAGUUCUACUCUCCUCCAGAAUCCGUUGCAGGAUCAGAUGACUCAGAUGAUGAACUGAUAGGAAAGAGGGCACUAAGUGACCAGGAAAGAGAAUAUGUUCGGCAAGGCAAAGCAGCAGUGGAGGCGGUAGACCAGAUCUUAGCCCAAGAGGAAAACUGGACAUUUGAGAGAUGCAGUGAAUUUGGUGACACGGUUCACUCUCUUGAAAUGCCGUUCCAUGACAAGGUGUUCAUCCUGAAGGCUGUUCUACAGUGUCCUGCUGAGAUAGUUUACCAGGAGAUGAUUCUUCAGCCAGAGAAGAUGGUCCUAUGGAAUAAAACCCUGUUAGCAUGCCAGAUCUUGCAACGGAUCGAUGACAACACGUGUAUAUCCUAUGAUGUGGCAGCUGGUGCUGCAGGUGGUGUCGUAUCACCCAGAGACUUUGUAAAUGUGCGCCGGAUUGAGAGAAGGAGAGACCGGUACAUUUCAGCAGGGAUGGCAACUGUUCACAGCUCACGCCCUUCUACUUCCAAAUAUGUCAGAGCGGAAAAUGGCCCGGGAGGUUUUGUUGCCUUGAAAUGUCCCAUGAAUCCCAACCUCUGCACCUUAUUCUGGAUACUCAAUACAGACCUCAAGGGCCGGCUUCCCCGAUACCUCAUCAACCAAAGUUUGGGCGCCACCAUGACAGAAUUUGUGUUCCACCUGCGCAAACAGGUUAUGGAGGUCACAGCGAGGUCUUAAGUUCUUACAACUCCUUGCUCCAAAGUUGCCUCUUGAGCACACUAAAAGCCAACAAGGUCCAAAGAACUGGAGUUUCUUUUGUUUUAUUCCUACCUGAAGGGAAGGAUCAGAUCUCGCAGCUGACAUUCUGGUUAUAAGGGCGAAGUGCCUUUUGCUGCGUCUUCAGGUUGUCAACCAAUUAAAGGCCUGAAGAUGAUGACCAAAUGGCAAGAGAGAGUUGAGACAGCAGAUGAUCUGUACCAGAGCAAGUUGGAGAAAAGCACCAAGAUUGUUUCUUCAAGUCUCUCACUGAUUAUCAAAGGGAACAUUGCUAGUAGAACUUGAGCCAUUUCUUGAUUAAGAUGUGCCAAAUUCCUUCAUGAUCAUGCUUCCGGAAUCUGCUAAGUGCUUACCUGUAUAUCCCUCUUUCUUUCUCCUUGGGCAUGAUAAUUGUUUCUGCCCAUAAACUUAUCCAAAUGCCUUCCAUAGCAGAACAGAAGAGUGCCAUCAGAUAACCUGCAUGUACAGUGACUUAGCUGAAGUGCAGCAGGUUAAGGUAGACAAUUUCCCAGCCACUACUGUGUCAAGACUGGCUGUCCAUCCGUCUGAAGGGUUCCAUGCUCAGCAUACCUGCGCCUGCAUCAGGAGGAUGUGCUGGCUGAAUGUAUGGAUGAUAUUUGCCUAUCAUAUCCUUGAAGAGGUAAUGGCUAGAGAGAAUUGAAUCUCCUGCCACCUGUCAAGUAUCUGGAUGUCACCUCUGCACCAAACUGACAUCUGUCAUUUCUUUCCCAGUUCUAUCAUGCUUUAUAUCUGGUUUCUACUUCUGCUCAUAGCAAAGACUAUGAAAUAACACACACACCCCAAGCCCUUCCAGACUAAACUGUGGUUCCUGGAUUUGUUUGUAGGCUACAAUGGGUAGUAACUGAAGCCAAGAUCUGUAACUGGUUCUCUUGACUCAUUAAUACAGUGGUAAAGAACGAAGGCUCUUUUCUGCAACUCUAGAGCAAGUAAGCGUGUGUGCACGUGUUCCUUGGAAGGUUCUUGACUGAUGCCUGUUAUCAGAACUGAGCACUGAUAGCAACCCUUGCCCCUAUUGUAUCAUUGGCUGGGUUUGUCAUAAAAGCAAAUGCAGCAUACUGAGACUAGGACAGACAUGCUAGAGCCCGUGUUUAUGAUAGCCCCUUCCCCUCCCACAAAAAACCCUUUAAGUGGCUUUCUUCUGCUGUCAUGCGUUCACUCUCAAUAACAGUCAUUCUCCAGGUGGAAAAACUACAUAGCCCAUGAAUCAGAGCCUUGAAUUCUGAAGUCUUGCGUCUUUCUCUCCACCCACCCCAUCUUGCUUGGGUAGAAAGCUGGAGAUGUGGGGGGUGCAAGGGCUAUGGAGUGUAGAACAUUGCUAGAAUUUCCCUUGAAUGGAAUUAGCAUCUCAAAUCUCUUAAAAGGGUCAGCUUUGGGAUACUGGGUGAGAGGGGGGAAGUGAAAUGUGUGUGUUUAACGCAAGUGCAAUAUUCCUGACACCGAGCUAACAUAUAACUUAUCAGAAGUAUCCAGGGUUAUUGGCCUUGAUAUCAACGGUCCAAAGCAUUUGGGUUAAACCACACUUGCUCCUAUGAUUUUCCACUGUAAUGAGACUGUUUUUAGAGGAUGUUUUAUGUGGAAUUGCAUGGAGAUUGCAGCCUUGAGGCAGACAUCUUGUGCUGUCUCCCAUACCGCUGCAAUCCGUUCCAUGCUUGCAUAUGAAGGAGAUGACUUCUCAAGCGAUUCCUGCACUUUUUAAGGGUCUGCAAUCAGAAUUAGACUAGUAGAUUAGUCACACAUGCUACUCGCUCUCUCAGUGCUUUCCAAGACCCUGAGGCAAGACUUAAGUCAAAAGGUUGACAGGAAAGCAGAUGAAAUAUAUUCCACACUGGAUUUCUUUGGAAGAGUAAACUGUGCUUGACUUCCUCAACAACUGGGCAACUAGCAUGUGUGCCAGAUCUUUUCUUGCAGCCUUAUUUUCAGUAGACGAGCCCCCUCACACACACUUUUGUAUACUGGUUUCCAUCCCCCUGCCCCUUUCAGUAAGCUCCUCCCCUUUUAUUUGUAUGUGUAACUGUCAUGGCAUUUUGUGUAGGGGAUGGAGCUUUUAACAAAUGCAGUCUCCUCUGUCUGAUAUCUUUGCCAGAAUAGGUGUGGUUGCAAGAAGCCUUUCUCAUUGUGGUGGAAAAGGUACUGUUUACUAUUCAGGCAUCGUGAUGGGCUUCCCAAAAUGAAAAAGAUGAGGGAAAGAGGUUUGCCAUCCAUAGCAGCUGUCCCAAGCAAUUCCUUUGCAAUAUUUUUUACAUUUUAUGCUGACAUCAGAGAUUUGCAAGGAGUUCCCAUUUCUAAGAAUCUGCUAUUAAUUUUAUUAAAGCGCCUUGGGUUGUUUGCAUUUCAAAUGGACUCAAAAAAAGCUUGCGGACUUUGCAAAUCUAAUGCACAGAACUAUUUUCUUUGACAUGUGGGGAGCAGACCCUCCACACCUCACUUAAAAAGUCACUUGAAUAAUACACAUGCCUUUUGCGUUCAGUAUUUGAUCUAAUAAAAUCUAAUGACAACA